AUGAUGACAUUCUUCCUACAGACGUUUCUUCUAGCUUGCUUUGUGGCUACUAUACAGACCAAGAUCUAUGGUCGCUGUGAGUUGGCUCAUGUGUUGAAGAAGAAUGGGAUGGAUGGAUAUGAAGGUUACAGCCUAGCCAGUUGGAUCUGCAUGGCAUUUUAUGAAACUGGCUUUGACACCAAAACCAUUGAUCGGCACAAAGGUGGCACCAAAGACUAUGGCAUCUUCCAUAUUAACAGUGGUUUGUGGUGUAAAGAAAACAAUGCCUUAUCAAAGGCCAUUUGUGAUGUAGCAUGCUCAGAUUUGCUGAAUCCGGAUCUUGAAGAUGACAUCAACUGUGCCAAACUGAUUGUGCAAGACGCUAGUGGCAUGGCUGCCUGGAAACAGUGGAAAAAGCACUGUGAAAACCAAGAUAUGAGAAAGUGGAUAAAAGGGUGUAAGGUUUGA